AUGGAUGAGACCAUGGACUACGUCUACCACCACGCAGAGCACCCGAACCACGGCCAGCUUCCGUAUUCGCAACAACGGUCAAGAUGUCCCUACUUCAACAGGGCAGACGCUCACGGUCACCCGAAUGCUCCACCACACAGAUCGACGCCGCACUACGAUCCCGUUCAUGCGUCGGCAAGUCACUGGCAAUCACAAGCACCGCUUCCACCGCACCACUGGCAGUCUCAAAUGAUGGGCCACCGCGCAACCUCUUCGCCGUAUCAUCGACCGGUCAACUCGGUCCCGGAACCGCCCUACUACAACCAUGCUCCCGUGCCGAAUUUCGGUCUGGCUGGGUACCAGGGCCCUCCGCACGACAUAGGCGGUAUUCAGGCCAUGCACCCGCCGUUCUCCGUCCCUUCGCUCCCUCCAAUGAGAUACAGCAACCCGGCGCCCAUCCAGCCAAAUCCGCCCAACGCCAAUCAGCCCCCGAUGGCCCCUCCUGACAGAGGCUUUGGACAACCUUCUGGGCUUCGUGAUAACAGCCACUUUGGCGCAUAUCCUCCCGUAGCUGUAAAUUUGCCUCCGUCAACCUCCAGUACCGAAGGCCCUUCCUCGCCCGAAACGUCGCCUCCUGAUUUCCCGAGCGGCCCGGUCCAGGCGCUGCCAGCGAACCCCAGCAUCCAGUUUGGGUCUGCACCGCCCUCGUCAGCACCCCAACCGAACCCCGCCUUUACACCGUCGUCGUACUGGCCGCGCCGCACAGCUUCUGGAGGUGAGAGCUUCUCAAACGCAUCAAACAGCGCGCUCUUCCCUGGCUCUGCUCACACUAGACCAGCCGGGUCGUCAACCGGGUCCUCGAGCUCACCAAACAUCCCGCUGCCAGUCGUCCCAGCGGUGGAGCGCCGCAGAGUACCGGCUCUUGGACGGCGUGGGAUGAGGAGACCGUCACCGCCGCCAGACCGCGAUCCGGACCAGGAGAGGGAGUUGCAGAUUCUCGAAAACUUCGUACUCAACCCGCAUGGGCACCCGGGUCGUGAUUUCGAUGACAUACAGAUAAGAGCUGCUCAGGUAAUGCGUGGAUCCGUGACAACUAAGAUGGUUGCAUCCAACUCUGCCAUUCAGUCCCUGCAGAGCGUGGCAAUUUCGGAUCUUUCCGAAAGCGAAAGAACGUGCGUCAUCUGUUACAACGACUUUGGCGUCGAGACGCCCGAAGGUCUUAAAGAGGCACCUCUGAGGCUGCCCAAGUGCAAGCAUGUGUUUGGAGACCAUUGCAUCAAAAAGUGGUUCGAGGAGUCGGAUAGCUGCCCGUACUGCAGAGACAAGGUGCCUUCGGAGCCAAAGGUCACCUCCCAUAUGUUGUCGGGCCUGUUCCGCCGUUCUAGGGAAAGGGACUACAGCCAAGGCCUCGACGAGUUGAGCAGAAAUCUAGCGGCCCCCAUUCACGGCGAGCGUCGGUCGCCGCCGACUGACGGUGGAGAGAGUCGACGAAGGGUUCGGUCUCGACACGGCAGCUUUCGCGGCCCGGGCUCCCCACCUUUUAGCGGCGGUCGCCCGGGGUCUUUUGGCAGUUCAUCCUCGAACGGCUACGAAAGACGAGCACACCCGUUCGCGGCCAGCCGGAAUCAUGCACCGAACACAAUGAGCAGGGCGGGUGCGGGAGUGCCACCGCCUGUGCCGUUUGCCACGGGCAAUAUCAACCAUUAUCAUGCCUCGCCGAGCUAUGUGGCACACACAGACAAUGCAUCUUCAGCGUCGAUCCCGCCGUACGCUCCGCCCAUCCACAGCGUUGCCGCCCCGCCACUAAAUCGAAGUUCCCUGCCGGCUCCGGCAUCAGGCAACUGGCACAACGGGAGUGCAUCAACUCCCGACGACACGCACCGGCGUAUGAUGCCCGACGACAACAAUGCUACGCCUCAGGCUGGUGGACCAACUUCAUGGGGACCGCAGUAG